AUGAAGCAAGCCAUGUCUGCGCUGUUUACGUUGAAGAGGCUUCUGAGCAGAUCUAUGAGAAAACUAAGCAUAUAUGAGGAGAGAGAGAUGAAGUCCCAGCUUAGUUUACAGAGAGAAAUGAAGAACAGCUAUUCUGAAACGGUCAAUGAAGUUGGUAGAUUAAGAACAAAGGUUGGUGAACUUUCCCAGCAGCUGGAGAUAGAGUCUAAAAAAUGCAUGCAGCUAGAAGCACAAAAUCAGGGUUUGCGAGAAGAGUUGUCCACCAUGCGUGGGAACCAUGAAAAACUGGAGAAGAGCAAAUGCCAGCUGAAAGAAGAGGUGGCUAACCUCAAACAUCAUUUGGAGACUAACAUGGUGGAUCGCAGCCAACUAGAACAAUAUAAAAGAGAGAUGGAAGAACGAGCCGGACAAGAGAUAAGACAAAAGCUACAAGAAGUCAAUCUGUUUUUGCAGACGCAGGCAGCCUCCCAGGACAGAUUAGAACAAAUCAGAGCCAGUCAUCACGCUUCACUGAGAAACCAGCUAAAAGACAGAAUUGGAGAUCUUGAACGUGCAUUGGACAGAAUAAAAAAUACGGAACAAGACAGUAUUCUUCAAAAAGAAUCCAUGCAGGCAGAAGUGGAAAGGUACAAAGAGCUGUACCUGGAGGAAGUAAAAAUAAGAAGAUGCCUAGCAAAUAAACUGGAAAGAGCUAAUGAGAGACUAGCAGAAGCCAAUGCUAAGCUCCUUCAGGAGCGCCACAGAAGCAGACCUUUCAUCGCAAGCAGCAUUUGGGACAUCUUGGCAACCAUUUGGCACUGA